CUGCAUUCCCUCUCUUCACGAUUCCCUCUCCCUUGCGCACAAGUCCUGGCAGCAGCACUCGGACGGUGGCAGAAAGAUCGACGGGUUGGACAGCCGCUGCAGCGGCGCGUUUCCUUGACGUGGACAACUGUGAACACGCGUUUCAGCGACGUGGACAACAACUUCUUGGCAACUUCUUACUCAAACUUCAACUGUUUUUGAAGUCGCAGGAAAAAGGGUGCACUAAAUGGAGCAGCGAUUAGCCAAUACAUGGCGUCUCUCUGCGAACGAAAAGAAAUUCAUUGAAACCGCCCUUCUUUCGGAUUUGAGGGUUGAUGGUCGUCGCCCAUUUGACUACCGUAAUCUCACCAUCAACUUUGGCAAGGAUGAUGGUUCUUCAGAGGUGCAGCUUGGCCAAACACACGUAAUGGGCUUUGUGACUGCUCAGAUAGUUCAACCAUAUAGGGAUCGUCCUAAUGAGGGCACUCUUUCUAUCUAUACUGAGUUUUCUCCUAUGGCUGAUCCCUCAUUUGAGCCUGGCCGUCCAGGAGAGUCUGCUGUCGAGUUGGGGCGUGUAAUAGACCGUGGUCUGCGGGAGAGUAGGGCAGUGGAUAUGGAAUCACUUUGUGUUGUUUCUGGCAAAUCUGUGUGGGCCAUCCGAGUUGAUCUCCACAUUUUAGAUAAUGGAGGAAACCUUGUGGAUGCGGCUAAUAUUGCUGCUUUGGCUGCUUUAUCAACUUUUCGAAGACCUGAAUGCUCAUUGGGGGGAGAUGAUGGUCAGGAAGUGAUAGUUCAUCCCCCUGAGGUUAGGGAGCCACUUCCAUUGAUCAUACAUCAUCUCCCUAUUGCAGUAACCUUUGCAUUUUUUCGUAGUGAGAGCACUCUGGUGAUAGAUCCAACUCACUAUGAAGAGGCCGUUAUGGGAGGAAGAAUGACCGUCACACUUAAUGCUAAUAAUGAUGUUUGCGCUAUUCAAAAAGCAGGAGGAGAGGGUGUACUUCAGAGUGUGAUCAUGCAAUGUCUGCGAAUUGCUUGUGUCAAAGCUGGUGAUAUUACAACUAAAAUAAAAAAUGCAGUUGAGACUCACAAUUCAGCUAGACAAUUGCGGAAGAUUAAGCGUCACCCUUCUGUUAAUUUGGAUGUUGGCGAAGGUGCAGCUAAUCUGAAGCAUAGCCAAGGCAUAUCCGAUGGUCGAAAGAGUAUCAAUGAUGUUUCCGACAGAUUGAAAUUGAAUUCUGAAGAGAGUAUCGCCAGUCCAAGCAGGAGUAUUAAGAGUGAUGUAUCAACAAAUCAAGGACAAUUAAACAAGAGAGAUUUUGAUGCUAAGAAUUUCAUUGGGGGGCCUUCGUGCUGGGACCCAUACUCCAAAGGUGUUGAUUCAGAUUUCUUGAAAGCUACAUUAGCUUCACGUGGAAAUCUAACUGUGACAAAAAAAGAGAACCCGAGCGAUGAAAUGAUGUCCUCCGAGACUGAGGUUGACGAACAAGAAACCAAAGUUGAUCAGACAAAUUUACCUCCUGCUGCUGCUAAAACUUUGUCAGAAGAUAACGGGAAGAAAACUUUGAAAGAUGCCGUGAAGCCAAAGAAUAAGAGGAAAAAGAAGAAAGACCAUCACUCCUAACGAUGCAGAUUAGUUCAGUGGUGACAUAAUCUCUUGCAAUUUUUGUGAAGAUGUAAAUUUUGAAACUCAACUUCAAAGUACUUGGAAGGGAUCUUUGAAGCAAAGAGAAGCAUCAAGAAGGUUCGUGCCAGGUUUCAUCUAUGUUCGUGGAAGAAAUUCGAAACUUGAGCUUGUUGGAUCCAAUGAAAUCUGGAUUUGAAUGAAUUCUAUUCACUGAGAAAUCCAUGAUGAUGCUGUUGAAAAGGCCAUUGUACCAUGGAUAUGCAAUUUUAGGAUCUUUAUUUAGAGUAACAUAGAGUGUUUAGUUUCUAUAGAAUCUUAGGAAGUUUUGGAUUUUUUUUUAAACUAUUGUUUUUUACCCCUAUUUUUCAUAUUAUAUUGAUUGUAAACCUUUUCAGACAUAUUUAAAGGAAGAAUAGUGCUAGAAUUGAAAUUUCUCCUCACCCAGAUGGAGUUGACUUGCAA